AUGGAUCAAUUCUCCGUAACUGCGGAUUCCGCGAGAAUUGAUUUUCUACGGGUCAUUGAAAAUCGUCAGGUCUUACUGCAACAGAUCCUUGGUCAAGUCGUUGCUACUUCUGGCUUGACUCAAGAGAUGACCUCGAACUUCCUCAAUCUUUACAAAAAUUUUGAGGGUUUGUUGCUUGCAACUCCUGCCCCAGGCCUAGUCUAUCGCUACGGUGAACGCGUCGCCCGAGUCACCUUCCAUUCUCUACAGACUGUAGGCAAGAAUUAUAGUGGACAUAUCUGUGUUAACCACCUUUGGAAAGGCGAUGGAGGUUUUGUUCUGGUUGAAGACGUCUUCUUAUUUGGCAGACCAUCAGAGAUCUUUCGAUAUGAUUCCAACGAAAGCCCACCCGUUCGUAGACGUACAACCCUCUUAAACAACGACAAAAAGAAGCUCUUCAGCCAACCAAUGAUUUACGAAAUCAUAAGCCAUGCUGAUCGUCUCAUGAUGGGAACCUUGUCUGGAUUGUUGUUACCCCAAGAUCGAAUUUGUUUCUAUAUCGAACGAUUGGGUUUGAUUGAAAGUCUCGCCGAUGAAGUCAACUGUCUCUUGCCUGAGGAGCAACAAGCUGACGUCGAAGACCAUGCAAACGAAGACGCAAUCAACAUAUCUAAUGGUGAUCCCAUGCUUCGACCUCGUAUCAUAUACACUCUAACCACAUCGUUAGGUGCUGAGGCCGACGACUUUACUAUCCAUGCUGAAGAUCAUUCAGGCCAAGAUGAUUCGGGAGAAGAUGAACAUUACAACGGUGAUAGUGAAGACGGCGAUGCUCAGGAUGCUGAAACGGAACGAUACAAACAUAAGUUACAAGGUCAAGAGGAAUGGAUCGCCAGAGAUACGAACCACGCAAUUUAUCUUGUCGCUACCUUGAGAACUCGUCUCGACAAUGUUGCUGCUCGUGAGCGAGACGUCGAAGAUCGAGAAGCUAUCUUGAAAACUGAUACCGCAGCUCUUGAGAGACAAAAGAUCGAUCAAGAAAACAUUCUCGCAGCUCGUGCAGCAGCCAUCGAAAAACAAAAGCUUGAUCAAGAGACUGCUCUAGCAACUCGUGCUAUUACUCUGACAGACGUGGAAUGGAUCGCGAGAAUGCUCUUGCGGCCCGUACCAGAGAUCUUGAAAGACCUGAAAUUGAUACUGGUGUUGAGUUAG